GCUACAUCAACUUAUACACUUUCCUUCUUCCCUCCCUUGAGUAGGGUUGCAAGCAUGGGUGAGAGCCUUAACAAUACCAACCACCAUAUCUUUAUCGACAGCCCGUCUCGGAACGGGUCCGAAUGUUUCGACGACGACGGCAGUCCGAAACGGACUGGAAGUUUCUGGACAGCGAGUGCACACAUAAUAACGGCGGUGAUAGGGUCGGGGGUGCUUUCGUUAGCAUGGGCGAUUGCUCAACUGGGGUGGAUCGCCGGUCCUACGGUCAUGCUGCUGUUUUCCAUUGUCACAUACUACACUUCUUCUCUACUCACGGAGUGUUACCGGACCGGCGAUCCUGUCUCCGGCAAGCGCAACUAUACUUACACACACGCUGUUCGCUCUAUUCUCGGUGGAUACAAGGUGGUGAUCUGCGGGUUUAUUCAAUAUCUAAACCUUUUUGGCGUGUCUAUUGGGUAUACAAUUGCAGCAUCAAUGAGUAUGAUGGCAAUAAGAAGGUCCAAUUGUGUGCACUAUAGUGGGGGGAAGAAACCAUGUCAUAUGUCCAAUAAUCCACACAUGAUGGUGUUUGGGGUCGCUCAGAUCCUGCUUUCUCAAAUCCCAGAUUUUGACCAAAUUUGGUGGCUCUCAAUUCUGGCUGCUCUCAUGUCUUUUACCUAUUCCACCAUUGGUCUUGCCCUUGGAAUUGCCAAAGUUGCAGCUACGGGAACUUUUAGGGGUAACCUUACCGGAAUAAGCGUCGGAACAGUGUCACAAGCUCAAAAGAUAUUGAGGAGCUUCCGAGCUCUUGGUGACAUUGCUUUUGCAUACUCAUUUUCUAUGAUUCUUAUUGAAAUUCAGGACACGUUGAAAUCGCCACCAGCUGAAGCAAAGACAAUGAGGAAGGCAACGAAACUUAGCACUGCAGUAACAACAGUAUUCUACAUGCUGUGUGGGUGCAUGGGCUACGCCUCCUUUGGAGACUCUGCACCCGAAAAUCUCCUAACGGGUUUCGGCAACCCAUUUUGGCUUGUCGAUAUCGCUAAUGCUGCUAUUGUGAUCCAUCUGGUGGGAGCAUAUCAAGUGUUUUGCCAGCCGAUUUUCACCUUCAUCGAACAAUGGGUGACACGGAGAUGGCCCGAAAGUAAGAUUAUCACGAAAGAGUUCAAGAUCCCAGUGCCGAUCCGGGGUUAUCGUCCCUGCAAACUUAACCUGUUUAGAUCGGUUUGGAGAACAGUGUUUGUUAUGUUAACCACUCUGAUAUCGAUGUUGCUCCCUUUCUUCAGCGAAGUCGUGGGGAUUCUGGGGGCGCUUGGAUUUUGGCCUUUGACGGUUUAUUUUCCAGUGGAGAUGUACAUUGAACAGAAAUUAAUAUCCAAGUGGAGUAGUAGAUGGAUCUGUCUUAAGACUCUAAGCUUAGCUUGCCUCGUGAUUUCGAUCAUAGCCGCCGCCGGUUCGAUUGCCGGUGUGAUUCAUGAUCUUAAGGUUUACAAGCCAUUCAAGACUACCUACUAAUUGUUGCUUUUGCUUGCCUUUCUCGGUCAAAAACGAGAAAGAAUCAACGAUAGAAUCUACUCGGCUAUUUAUGUUUAGAGAAAUUAAGUAAUAAGAUUUAUCAAGUGUUGAAUA